CUUCCACUCUUUCUCUCUCUAUUUGUAUCCCAAAUUGGGGGUUAAUGAGAAUAGUGGAUUUGCCCCCCUAAUUGCACCCCUCUAUGCUAGUCAUAAUUAUCCAAAUGGGGCAAAUGCAUUGGAAAAUUCAUUUACCCCCCAAACUUGCUCCCCCCUCUCAUUAACCCCCCUUCCCAAACAUAGUGUAAACUACGUUUGGCAACAAAGGGGUGCAAAUCCGAAGGGUUUCAAGUUGAGGGGCAAAUUGCAGGAGGGUGCAAAUUGGUGGGGGUGUAAGUGGAGGGGUAAGUUGUUGUUUGGAUGAAAAAGUAAGGGGUGCAAAUAGAGUUAAAAGUAAAUAUUAUAUUAUUAUAAAAUAGAUUUAUCAAAUUUAUAAAAUAUUAUCACAAAAUAAUAAAAGGAAAAUAAUUAUAUGAUAAUUAUUAUACUUUAAUAAAAAUAAUUAUUAUAUAAUAGUGCUCAAAUAAUAAUUCAUUAUAACAACUGUAAUAAUUAUUGGUCGAACGAACUCGAAGCCCAACUCGUAACUGGUCAUGCUACAAAGUUCUCAUGUUUACUCUCCCAAAUAUAUAAGGGUCGAUACUUUACCCAAUGCUCAGUGUUGGAAGCAUCUAUUGGUUCAAACCAUUCGUGGGGGUGGAGAAGUCUAGUCUUUGGAAGAGAUCUGCUCCUACAAGGACUAAGAUGGCAAAUAGGCAAUGGGCAAAGAACCCAAGCAUUCAUUGACAAAUGGGUUCCGGAAGAUAAACCCUUAACCCCAAGUACUCGACCCCAUAUUCAAAAUGGAUCUCCUAUGGUAUCUUAUUUCAUAAAAGAAGGUCGAGUGGAAUGGGACGUUUCAAAACUCGAGAAUUGCUUUGAACCUCAAUCUGUUGAUCUCAUAAGGAAAAUUCCUCUUCCUCGAUACUCUCAGCAGGACAUUAGAGUGUGGCAUUAUUCCAAAGAUGGAAAAUACACAGUAAAAUCGGGUUAUCACUUAGCUCUGGAAAUAACAUUGGCAACAAGUCGAAAACCGAUAGUGCAUAUCAUCGAUCCUCCAAUUUGGAAAAAGACUUGGAACAUCCAAGGUCCGCCUAAACUCAAGUUCUUCAUAUGGCAAUGCCUCAAAGUCAUACUUCCAACAGCAGUGGACCUUCAAUCUCGUGGAGUAAACUACCUUAAACGAUGUCCUGUCUGCUGGAGACACAGAGAAAGUAUUGAACAUUUAUUCUUCAGAUGCCCCCUAGCCAUCAGAUUGUGGACUUUAGUGGGAUUGAGCAACUUUAUUGAGACCGCCCAGACUGUUAACUUUAGUCUAUGGUGGCGACAUAUCAUGGUCUCCGAGACCUCCCCAUUCCACAUUCUCCAAUACGUUUGUUUACUUUGGAGAAUCUGGAAGUCUAGAAAUGAAGUGACCUUUGAAUUUACCCAACCUCAUGUCUGUUCCCUAGCCAGUCAGUUCUACAGCCAAGUCCUCGAAUUCUCCAGUCUUCUUUCCCCCCUUCCUCUCCGCAGAUCUCUACCACCAAUCACGCCUGCCACCUCUUGGGUCCCUCCUCCAGAAGGUUUUUUGAAGAUCAACAUCGACGCAGCCGUCAGUGCCUCCGGGUGUUCGUUUGGGCUUGUUAUCCGUGGGUCAGACGGGCAUGUGUUGUUGGCGAUCGGGUUGCAGCAUCAAGGAAUAGUCAACCCUUAUCUGGCUGAGCUGCUAGCGCUCAGGGAUGCUAUCUCCUUUGUGGCCUCAAGAUCCUUGACCCAUGUGAUAGUCGAAUGUGAUUCCGAAGUGGUCGUCAACCAAGUCCAUCAAGGCGUCUCAGAAGACUCGAUUGGUGGUCUGGUGCUACGAGAGUGUCUUCAGAUCCUUAGCUCUUUGUCUUUUGUAUAGAGUUUAGGGCGGUACCUAGAUCCGCCAACAGUGUUGCACAUAGAGUGGCGCGUAAAGCACUGUUUUUAUCUCUUGUAGAGCUAGAAUCUUUUGAUUUCUUGGGGUGGCUUCUUUAGAAUCUGUUAGGGGUUCUGGGUAGAAUUGUAAGCUUAACUAUUAUUUAUCAUUGAUAUCACUCAUAAAUAAAUAAAAACUUAAUCA